UUAUAUCUUAUAAUGUAUUUGUUUAAAAAAGGUAUUCUUUGCACCUUUGUAGCUGAUAAGGUUCAGCCAGUCUGUUAGUUCGAUAGCAACCUUCGCGACCCGGCACACUCUUAUGUUUCCUAAACAACGAAAUCAAAUGAGUGUCAAAAUGUAAACUGACUUUAUUCUGUAAAAGUUUAUUCAAAAAUAUUUCAUUGUUUAUAAAGGUAUCACGAUAUGGCGAAUGUAAAUAAGAAAACAACGGGGCUAGCAACAGCUGACUUUGAGGUUUUUGGAAAAGUCCAAGGAGUGUACUUCAGGAAACAUACUCAAAAGAAAGCGGUGGAACUUGGACUAAAAGGUUGGGUGAUGAAUACAGCACAAGGCACUGUUAUUGGCCAACUACAAGGACCAAAAAACGUAAUAGAUAUUAUGAAAACAUGGCUGCAAAAAACUGGCAGCCCCAAGUGUAUAAUUGAAAAGGCGGCGUUUCGUAACGAGGGACCAAUAACCACGCCAGCGUUUAGAACUUUUGAAAUACGUCGAUAAAUAUGAAUUCAUUCUCACAUUUUGUAUGCCCCAUUAUUGAUUCGCUCAAUGGACCAAAAUUUGUAUUAAUCGUAAAUGAAUUUUAAUAUUAACCAAUAAUUUAAUUAAAUUUUUAAAUUAUACGACUUAUUAAAUGUUGAUAAAAUUAUAAAUUUAACACCUUUUCCAG